UACGGACGUGUUGCGUCGUGCUUUCCAUCUCUGUACACGUCUUUCGCUGCUUGUGUUUUGUGUAUUAUUUCUGUGAGCACGCGUCUUGUUCUUUUCGCGCUCAACUCGCUUCUCACUACGCUUACUUAUCUUUAAAAAACCAAAAACAAAAUAAUCUGCGAAAAAAAAAAACAACAAAAUUCUCAUUCAUCUAAUAUUUGCGUUAUUUUGCCGCGUCUUGAUUUUUGCAUUGUGCACAACCUUGAAGAUUUGCGCGCUGGAAACAAACAACUUGUCAAUUUUACAAGUGCAAUAAAAUUCAAGUAUUUUUACAAUCGCCAUUUGCAAUGUGACUUUUUAAGUGUGCGUGACCCGCCCGCCAAUUGUACUUUGUUGUGUUGCCAAAAAAAUACAAAUAAUAUUAAUAACAAAAACAAAACAAAAAUUCUUACAAAAAUCUCCAAUUGAUCAAAGCGCUGCUGCCCCAAUAGAAAAAAAAGAAAGCAAAACAAAUUAAAAAUCUGCAAAGUGGGUUUUCAAGUCGAAUUUGGAUUAUUGCGAGGGAAGAGCAGCUGUUGCCAAUACCACGAAAUGGGCACUAUUGAGAAACGCUCCUUCUCCUUCCGGCUGCGUCGCUCGUUCGGCGAUGGCGGCAGCACGAACAGCCGCAACAGCAACAACAACAGCAGCACCUGCACCAAUCACAACAACCAUAACAACCAGAAGAGAUGCAGCACACCUUUAACACCGACCAGCACGAGCACCGGCCGACUGGAGGUGCCUGGUGCCUCGGUGAGCCGCCGUAGCAGCAUUUACAGGAAGCCGGACAAGAAUGAUGGGGGUCAAAUCCAUUUGAUACCCGAUGUGGAACUGCCAUUGAUGACAUUCGCCGAUCAGUACAAUAUCGAGAAGACGCUGGCCGAGGGCUGUUUUGCCAAGAUUCUGCUGUGCCGGCACAGACCCACAAACACGACCGUGGUCUUGAAGGCUGUGCACGCCGAGCUGACGACCAUUAAGGAGUUCCAGAAGGAAUUCCAUUACAACUACGAGCUAUCCCAUCAUCGUCACAUACUCAGCGCCUAUGCGGUCGCCUUUCAGACCAUGGACUACUUUGUCUUUGCCAUGGAGCAUGCCCCCUAUGGAGAUCUCGCUUCGAAUAUUGGUCCAAACGGUCUGCACGAGACGGCCUGCAAGCUGAUUGCGGAGCAGUUGAGCUCUGCUCUGGGUUUUAUGCACUCCAAGAAUCUGGUGCAUCGUGAUCUCAAGAUCGAGAAUGUGCUGGUGUUCACGCCGGACUUUGCGCGCGUAAAGCUGUGCGAUUUUGGUGCCACCACCAAGAAGGGUCUGCCCGUGCACAAGGUGAAGCAUACGUGGACCAGCUGUGUGCCGCCCGAACAGCUGGAGCUGAUCAAGAACGAGCGUUUCCAGUGCUUGCCCAUCAGCGAUUCCUGGCAGUUUGGCAUCCUCUUGUACAACAUUCUCACCGGCAAUCCGCCCUGGCAGGCCGCCGAUUGGGGCAAGGAUCAGGCCUACGCAAACUUUAUGAAAUACGAACAGCGUAAAACGACCAAGGUGCCGGACAAUUUCCGUCGAUUCUCACCACGUCUUAUGCGCUGCUUUCGCAAGUAUUUGAGUCACGAUGCUGAGGAUCGUUGCAAAAUCACCGAAGUGAACAAAUACAUGAAGGAUCGCUGGGUCGAGUGCCGCAUCUCGGCCUCCAAAUCGGCCACGUUAAUCUCACCAAAUCAGCAGUAUCAGGACUCGUGCAUCUAUCUGAAUCAGCGCGAGGGACGCCUCUCCGGCGAUGAGAACAAAUUGCGCUUCAAACGCAUGAUGUCCAGCUAUGGACUGGAUAUACCCAUAGAUCAGACCAUGGUGCGACGACGUGUCUGGGAUUGGCUAUCCACAUGUGAUGCCAACUUUGAUCCCGAGAUCGAAAGUCUUCACGCGUUGGAUAUGGCGCAGUAGCUGCCCCAAGUCUGGUCUGUUCUGGGAAUUACGAAAUUUUUCAGAGAUCUAUAAGAUAAAAAAAAUUUCGAAAAGUAAUUUCUCAUUGAAAUUAUAUUAUUGGGUACGGAAUACCCCAUAAUACUUAUAGACGAAUUUUUCUGCUAUGCACAUAUAUGUAUGUAACUACAUAAGUAGUUGAAAUUUUGUAACAAAUUAACCCCAAGAGGUACUCAGAAAGAAAUAUGUAUAUUAUGAAAUUUGUAAAUCCACUUAGAGCAAAACACGUUAAUGGACUUAACUUUCCACUAGUGUUACCUUUCUAGUCUUCCGCUACGAUGGUUUUUUAUUAA